AUGAAAUCAGUCCUGAUAUUUCUCUUUAUAAUUUCUUUAGUAAUUUCAACUAGAACAGAUGAAGACCAUGAUACUUCCUUUGAACCAGUAAUUCCUGAGCCAAAGUCUAGGUUUGCCAUGUUACAGGAUGUGCAAUUACUAGCCAAUGGACUACUCCACCUCGGGCGUGGUCUUAAAGAUUUUGCUGUCAAGACCAAGGGCCAAAUGGAUGGCAUCUUUCAGAAGCUUAAUAUUUUUGAUCGAUCGUUCUCUGAGAUUUCGCAACAAACCAACGAAAUUAAGGAAGAAGAGGAACAACUAAGAAAAACAACAGCCAGACUACAAACUAAUAAUGAAGAGAUAAGGAAUGCAUCUCUGGAGCUUAACUCCAAAAUGCAGAUCCUUUCACAGGAGAAGAUUCAACUUCAAGACAAAGUAGAGAGGCUUGAAGAAAAAUUAACAGAGUUGUUUCAGACGCUGCUUGAAAUUCAGGAACCUGAAGAAAUGUCAUCACUCAAAAAUGUGGUGAAGCAACAGGACAGUCACCUCCAAAAUCUGCUCAAAAUAGUUCAAAUCCAACAUGCUCAGCUUGCCAAACAGCAAGAGCAAAUACAGGACUUGAAAGAGAAGAAAAUUAACCCUGCUUUUCAAGAGGGUGCACAGCUACUACUCUCUACAAAGGAAGAUGAAACAAGAAAUGCUAAACUUAAUGCAACAUCUGAAAUUCAAUAUUAUGAAGGCAAUACUACUGAUUGCUCUUGGAUUUACAACAGAGGAGAAAGAACUAAUGGCAUUUAUUCUAUUAAUCCCAGAGGAUCCAAAGCAUUUAACGUUUUCUGUGAGAUGAAAACAGAAAGUUCAUGGACAGUCAUUCCAAAUAGAUUGAAUGGAUCGCGAGAUUUCAAUCAAACCUGGGAGGACGAUAUAAAUGGAUUUGGCAACCUCGAUGAAGGUGGAUGGACAGUCAUUCAAAACAGAUUGAAUGGAUCGCAAGAUUUCAACCAAACCUGGGAUGACUAUAUAAAUGGAUUUGGCAACCUUGAUGGAGAAUUUUGGCUUGGCCUACAUAAGAUCUAUUCCAUUGUAGGCCAUACAGACUACAUCCUACGUAUUGAAUUAGAAGACUGGAGAGCUAACAAACAUUAUAUUGAGUACACAUUAAAGAUGGGAGGACCAGAGACAGAUUACGCUGUUAUUCUGUUCAGGAUUACUGGUAAUAUCCUCUAUGCUCUGCCUGAACAAAAAGAGCUGAAGUUCUUGACAAAAGACCAUGGCAAUAACACAGAGAGAAACAUCAGCUGUCCAGAAAGUGAUUCAGGUGGUUGGUGGUACAGUGGAUGCGAAGAAACUAACCUGAAUGGAAAAUAUAUCAAACCAAGCUCAAAAGGCAGACUAGAAAAGAAGAAGAGGGGACUGUACUGGAAACCUCAAAAAGGAAGGCCCUACCUUCUCAAGUCAACAAAACUGAUGAUCCAUCCUACAGAUUUUGAAAAUUUUUACUAAGUAUCUUCAGAGUAGAUCUGAAAACCAUAAACUACUUCAACUGGAGCUGAACAUAGGCUCUUUUUGGUGCUCUAAAAA